AUGAACUCCGGAUUGUCGUUGCGCACGGCGAAGCUCACAAGUGAUCUUGCCCCCACGCCAACAGCUUCAACCCCGCAAUCCACUCCGGAUACUACGACGGUAGAUCUGUCCAACGCACAGAAUGAAUGUGUUCGCCCUGAGUUGCUUGACAUUCUGCGAUACACCAUCGACGAUGGAAUGACGAUUGAUACCUUCCAAUUACCCACGGCACCGGGCGGUGAUCCUCGGCUUCGAGAAACGCUUUCUGUGUUCUUCAACCGGUACUUCAAGCCCAUGCACCACGUGGAAGCCGAGCACAUUGCUCUCACUGCGGGCGCAAGUGAUGCAAUCGAACAUGCGGUACAUGCUUUGUGCGAUGAGGGAGACAGCAUUAUUGUACCAGGGCCAUACUGGCCUGGUUUCGAGCUUUUGGUAUCAACCCGAGCCAAGGUCAACAUCAUCAUCGCUCAAUCCCCCACGUAUACCAACUACACCAGUUACCUUGUCCCAUCACUUCAAGCUGCGUAUGACUUCUCGCCGGUCAAGAAGCGCAUCAAAGCAGUCUUGCUUUCGAACCCGUCGAACCCUCUGGGAAGAUGCUACUCCAAGAGCGUGCUCAUCGAGUGUAUGGAGUUUUGCCAAGAGCGAGGGCUGCAUUUGAUUUCUGACGAACUGUAUGCUCUCACUGAUCUUGGACAUAUUAAGAAGGGCGAGGAGUUUGUGUCUGUGCUGUCUUUGACGGAACCUUUGAUGCCCGAAGGCGCGAUCAAGGUCGAUCCAACCCGUGUGCAUGUGGUUUGGAGCGCGAGUAAGCUGUUCGGCGUGAGCGGGUUGAGAGUGGGCUGCUUCGUCUCGCAGCAGAACCCUGAGCUCGUCAAAGCCGUGGCUUUCCUCACAGCUACCCACACAAACACGAUUGCGUCGCUGUACCUCUCCAGGCUACUCUCCCUGCCACAACUAUCAAGUUUGUUGACGCUUAACUCUGAGCGUUUGACAACAUCGUACCGCCUGCUCGCGGAGUGCCUUCGCAAUCUCAAAAUUCAUUUUGUGGAACCCACACACGGGCUCUUCCUGUUCGCAAAGCUGACGAACGACCUGUCCACGUUGGAGGAGGAAAAAUCGUACUUUGAUAGGCUUACUGCAGCUGGAUUGAAAGUUAGUCCAGGCCGGUUGUACAGGGGCGUAGAUGGCGAGUUUGGGUGGGCUAGAAUACGUUUUUGUAUUGCGGAGGAUGUGAUGACGAAAACUAUCGCGAGCUUUGGUCAGAUUUGGGAGCGUGAGAGGCGAAGACCCUGA